AUCUCCCAAGUUCAAAACUCCAUUACUAAGUUGAAUGAAGAAACCUCUCUGCAAAAGGAGGAUAUAACUCAGAUUAAAUCCUCGAAUUCCCAACUAGAUUCCCUUCUUUAUGAGGAACUCUAUUGGAAGCAACGAUCUAGGGUGAACUGGUUGCAAGCUGGAGACAAAAACACUAAAUUCUUCUAUAGGACUGCUUCCAGUAGAAUUAAAUCUAACAUAAUUCAUAAACUGAUGCUAGAUGGUGGAUCUUAUGUCUUAUCCUUUUCUCAAAUUAGCACAACAGUUACUAAUUUUUACUCCUCCUUGUUUACCUCGCAGGGUAUCUCGCAAGAGGAUGUUUCUUAUGUCCUCUCAGGAAUCACAGCAAGAAUUACUCAAGCUCAAUCAGACUCUUUGGAAGCCAGGUUUAUAGAGGAAGAGGAUUUCAAGGUGGGACACUGUAAAGGGCAAAAGGUGGUGGACGGUGAAACAAUGCCACUGGUACUGGAACCUGUGGAGCCCAACAAGGGUGACGACGUGGAAUCUCUUCUUUCGGCCCUGAAGAAGAACAAGAACUGGUUCGAUGACAUGAUAACCAAGAACAGUGCGGUCCUUCUUCGCGGUUUCAACGUUGAGAACGCCGAGGAUUUCAACGAAAUCAUCGAAGCCUUCGACUGGGAUGACAUUCGCUACGUCGGGCCAGCUCCCCGGACCCAUGUCUACAAGAGAGUAUGGACAGCAAAUGAGGGACCUCUCACGGAGUUCAUAUACUAUCAUCAUGAGAUGGUUUUGAUAAAAGAAUUUCCGAAGAAAGUAAUCCUAUUCUGCGAGACACCACCCCCAGAAGGAGGAGAAACACCGUUUGUUCCAAGUUUCCGGGUAACCGAACGAAUGAUGGAGGAGUUCCCAGAUGCUGUUGAGGAAAUGGAGACAAAAGGCUUAACAUAUUCCUUCACAGCUCUAAGCAAGAACGACACUUCUUCCAUGAGAGGUAGAGGUUGGGAGGACACUUUUGGAACAUCAGAUCGUGCUGAAGCAGAACGAAGGGCUAAGGCUCUAGGCAUGGACAUGGAGUGGCUACCCAAUGGUGGUGUGAAGGCAAUAUUGAGGUCAAAAAACUUGACCAAGGUUUUUGAUGGAAGGAAAGGAAGGAAAAUGUGGUUCAACACGGUUGUAGGCAUGCAUGGGAAAGAGCAUAGCUCAGCUAAAAUGGCAGAUGGGACAGAGAUUCCAGAAAAUGUGGUAAAGAGAUGUGAAGAGAUUAUUGAAGAAGAGAGCAUUCAGUUCAAAUGGGAGAAGGGUGAUGUUCUUUUCUUUGAUAAUUAUGCUUUGCUUCAUGGAAGAAGGCCUUCCCUUCCACCUAGAAGGGUUUUGGUUACCACCUGCAAAUAGUCAAAACUAUUUACUUAAUGGAAGCUCAUUAUCAAGUCAUGCUUAAUUGGAGGAAUCCAUAAUUGGAUUUUAUAUUUAAUAAAUAUGAAUAAUUUCCAUUUGUUAAGAAUUAUAUCCUAAUGCAUUUGAGCAACAAUUGUAUCUUUUCUUCAAGUUAAAUAAAGAUAUUUUG